CGAGCUGCAGCGCUGCCCGGCCGCGGGGCCGCCAUGCCCGCCAAGUCCAAGUACAACCUGGUGGACGACCGGCACGACCUGCGCAUCCCGCUGCACAACGAGGACGCCUUCCAGCACGGCAUCUGCUUCGAGGCCAAGUACAUCGGGAGCCUGGAUGUGCCACGGCCAAACAGCCGCGUGGAGAUCGUCACGGCCAUGCGGCGCAUCAGGUAUGAGUUUAAAGCCAAGAAUAUCAAGAAGAAGAAAGUGAACCUCAUCGUGUCGGUGGAUGGUGUGAAGGUCAUUCUGAAGAAGAAGAAGAAGCUUCUUUCGUUGCAGAAAAGAGAAUGGGCCUGGGACGAGAACAAAAUGCUCGUCAUGCAUGAUCCCAUCUACAGGAUAUUCUAUGUAUCUCAUGACUCCCAAGACCUAAAGAUCUUCAGCUACAUUGCCAGGGAUGGGUCUAGCAAUGUCUUCAGGUGCAACGUCUUCAAGUCCAAGAAGAAGAGCCAGGCCAUGCGGAUCGUGCGCACGGUGGGCCAGGCGUUUGAGGUGUGCCACAAGCUGAGCCUGCAGCACACGCAGCAGAACGCUGAUGGCCAGGAGGAUGCAGACAGUGAGAGGAAUGGAGAUGACCUGGAUGUGCCAGCCUGUCGCCUCUCAGGCGUGGAGAGAGCGGCUGCCUCUGCCGAGGAGACCGACAUUGACGCCGUGGAGCUGCCGCUGCCCGGCGCCGACAUCCUGGACUUCAGCCGCGGCGUCACCGACCUGGACGCCGUGGGCAAGGAGAGCUGCCUCCACCCUGAGGAUAUCCUGACGGCGUCACCCAAGAUGCUGCUGCCCUCAUCUGCCCAGCUGCCCGACCUGGGAACACCCCUGUCUGCCCACCACCAGAUGCAGCUUCUCCAGCAGCUCCUGCAGCAGCAGCAGCAGCAGACUCAAGUGGCCGUGGCACAGGUGCACCUGCUGAAGGACCAGCUGGCAGCAGAAGCAGCAGCACGGCUGGAGGCCCAGGCUCGUGUGCACCAGCUCCUGCUCCAGAACAAGGACUUGCUGCAGCACAUCUCACUCCUGGUCAAACAGGUGCAGGAGCUGGAGCUGAAGCUGGCGGGGAACACGACCACAGGCUCGCAGGACAGUCUGCUGGAGAUCACCUUCCGCUCCAACGCGCUGCCCGUGCUGUGCGACCCGACCACCCCGCAGCCCGAGGACACGCAGCCGCCGCCGCUGGGCCCCAGCCCGGCCUUCCCCAGCGCCCUGGGCAGCCCCAUAGGUAGGAACGACUGCCUGGUGAAGCUGGAGUGCUACCGCUUCCUGCCCGAGGCGGGGCCGCCCGCCCCCGAGCCCGCCCUGGGCAGCCUGGAGCUCAUCAAGUUCCGCGAGUCGGGCAUCGCCUCCGAGUACGAGUCCAACACGGACGAGAGCGAGGAGCGCGACUCCUGGUCCCAGGAGGAGCCGCCGCGCCUGCUCCACGUGCAGCCCAGGCAGGACCUGGGCGACAGCCUGGAGGACGAGAUCGCGGUCUAGGGGGUCAGCAGGAGGUGGUGCAGAGCUGCCAGGACCUGCUGGAGCAGCCCCACGGCCCUGGCAGGGAGGGAGGGGAGGCAGAGGAGGGAGCAGGAGAUUCCAGCGCCCGGUCGGGAGCGUGGAGGUGAGGAUGGAGCCGUGUGCUGAGCUGCAGCGUCCCUGCUUUGCAGGCUGACAGCUCCUCGUGCUCCCCCCUGGCCCCAUCUCCCUUCAAACUGCGUGUCAAGGUCAGGAAGAGGCAAGGCAUUUCUGCUGCUGCUGGGGAAGCAGUAAAGCAGAGGAAGGGUUCUGCUGGGGAACGGAGAGCAGUCUAGGACAGUCAUGGGGCAGCUCCAAGAUGGUGAGCAAGGACAGAGCGGCUGUUCUGGCUCUCUGUGUGCCGGCCAGGAGAUGAUAGCAGGGCUGUGCUAGGUGAGGGUUGGUGACUGUGCACUGUCAGAGUGGGUCUGUGAGUGAGACGUGAGGCAUUGAGGGACAGUGGGGAUGAGCCUGGAAAGGAUCUGAAGGGCUGAGAUGAGGUUGCUCAGGCUGACCUGGUGCAGGCAGUUGCUGGCAGGAGGAUGUGGCACUUCCAGGACAGAGUUUAUCCGUGCCAAGGCAGGUGGAGCCCGCUGCUCUGCCAGGCUGUGGAGCAGAGAGGAAGGCACAGUGCAGUGGAGCAGGGAGCCAGGGCAUCCAGCAGCAAGCUGUGGAGUGUCCUCCCCCUCAUCAUCCAGUGGGCUCCUUGGCCCAGCUGUCAGGUUUCAAAGCGUUCCUCGUGCUCUAAAGUCACAUUUUCAAGCAGUUCCCAUCACCACAAACUCCCUGCUUUGCUUUGUAGACAAACCCCCCCAUUUCCGAGCAGUUGUUUUGCCCCAGACCAAGGCUGGGAGCUGCAGUGCUGGCAUUGGCGUUUUCAGGGAUGAGCACACUUCCAGCCCUCGAUGGGGAGUGAACUGCUGGUGUCUGCAGGGGUGCUUCAUCACACCUCUGGUUUGCACCCUCUAGAAAAGUGAAUCCGAGAUCUCGGGGUCCCCCACCAGCCCUCGAGACACUUAGAGCUGGAAGCCAUCUGUGGGGGCCUCCAAGGGACCCAGAGCUUGUUCCUUUUCUGCAAACACUUUUAUCACCUGCCUGGUGCUGAGCCUCUAAGAGGCCAUGGCUGAAGGGGUAUGAACCAAAGUCCUGUUGUCCACCCUGCUUCACGUGGAAGCCCUCGAUGAGGUGGGGAUUUGGCACUGUUGUUUUCCUCCCCAUCCUCCCUCCUGUCCUGCUUCUGCUUUGCUUUGUUGCUUCCGUGCUGCUCUCACCUUCGCCAGCUCUGUCUCUGCUCAAUCUGCCUGCAGCUAACCCCUGGCUGACACCACCUCUUGCUCUCCUCCAGGGCUUAGCCUGGCUGCUGAGGAAGGUCCAUCACUUCUCUCUGCCCUGGUCCCCUUGGGUCUGAGGGCUGCUGAGGAGUGAUGUGUGGAUGAGACCCCCGGGGUCAACACGAGCUGAGCUAUGCACCCUCCACCACAUGACAGGACUGGAUGGACUUGAGGAGCUUAGAGGGUCUAGUGGGGAGGAAAGGAGGACAUGUUUCAGUGUCCCCAGCAGUGCCCUGGUGUCCAGGGGAGCUCUGCAGCAGCCACACGGCAGGCAAGGUGCGAGAGGGUGCUGUUUGGUACGUGGUGCUCCUGUCCUCUGGGCUCCACUGCCUCCACGUGGCUGUGGGGACAGCUGUGCCAGCCCCUCUGCUGGGGACCCAGCAUCCCACUGCCAGCUUGCAGCAGUUGAAGGUAAAGGCCAGGCUGCUCCAGCUAGGAGGAGGAGGUGGGCAUGGCAACACGCACGAGGCAUGGCGCUUAGAGGGCAGGGCAGGGGUGGUGGAGCUUGGGCAGGGGUUUCCGUGUGGGCAGGCUGAUCAUUCAGGGGAAAGGACAGCUGCACACACAGGGCAGGUGGAGGGAGUGCCUGAGAGGAACAGCAGCAUCCCAGAAGUCUCUUCUCAGGAAGCAGGUGGGGGGAGCCAUCUCCUGAGCCACCGCUCGGGUCCAUCCCAGCUGCCACACAGAGCUGCGUGCCAUCCCGCACACAGAGCCCAGGCUGUGUUGUGCCAUCCCGCACACAGAGCCCAGGCUGUGUUGUGCCAUCCC